AUGAAAAACUCGAAGCCCAUGACUAUGCGAAUCUUCACUAGCUUCUCCCGUGCUCGGCGAUCUCUUCGCUGUUGCUCAUAUUUUUUAGAUUUGUGUGUAUUCGACACAACACGCCCAAAAUUCAGGCGCCUUUGUCGAAUCUCAUCGGUUUCUUUAGUCUUGUCGGCUUCAUUGGCAUUGGCAUUGGCAUCGCUUGCACGGAACUGCCUCAAAACGGUUGAUAGUCGUGGCCUCCACUUAGACCAUUCGAACUUCUUUGCCUUCUUGCCUCUAACCUCCCUAACUUCCUUGGCGUUCCCGACCAUUCCGACCAACCAAAGAGAGCAGAGGCUUAGAAAGAAAGAGUGGGAAUAG